GCUUGACUACUCAAGAACUCGAGCUGGUUUCCUGCAAUCCUCUUCCUUCUUCUGUAAUAAAAGAAAAAAACAGUGAUCGAGAAGUGUUCGUGCCGGUUGAUUUUAGGACGUGAUGGGGUUCUUGGAUUACAUCGCCGACGUUUGCUACGUGCCGCCACGCAGCGACAGCAAGAAGUUCAAGAAGCGCAAGCAGCUCCAGACGGUGGAGAUAAAGAUAAAGAUGGACUGCGAGGGGUGCGUGCGGAGGGUGCGGAAGUCCGUGGAGGGCAUGAAGGGGGUGACCCAGGUGGAGGUCGAGCCCAAGCAGAACAAGCUGACCGUGAUCGGGUACGUCGACCCUGGGAAGGUGCUCCGCCGGGUCCGGCACCGCACCGGCAAGGUCUGCGACUUCUGGCCCUACGUGCCCUACGACAUCGUGGACCACCCCUACGCCCCGGGGGCCUAUGACAAGAAGGCGCCCCCCGGGUACGUCCGGAACGUGUUCCAGGACCCGCAGACCUCAGCCCUCGCCCGCGCCAGCUCCACCGAGGUCAAGUACACCACUGCCUUCAGCGACGACAACCCGUACGCCUGCACGGUCAUGUAGAUAGCAGGAGGAGGAGCUUCUUGUGUAUAAAUAUGGCUGUUAUAUGCAGGGUUUGCGCGUGAUUAUUUUGGAAGUUGGGGUGUAGAUUAGAGUUGCACUGUAUUAUUAACCUUUGGAAGAGUCUAGGGUCUGAAGUCUCUGGUGAGGUCAAAGCUUGGUCUGCUAAAGAAAAGAAAAAUUUGUAAAUGAUUAUUCUAGAUUGUGAAAGAGAAUUUGCGGCUACUGCCGAUUGUGCCAA